GUGUUGUGGUGUAUAGGGGACCAGUGUUGACAUGGCUGCUGUAUUUUUAGUCAUGUUGUACGAAUAUUCCCCGUUGUUUUACAUCACGGUCGUGUCUCUCUGCUUUCUCAUCACCGCCGCGAUGGUCCUCGGCUGGUUUGGUUUUGACGUACCUGUAAUUUUACGAAGCUCUGAUGACACUGAGUUGAGUCUGAAAAUUCCCGAGAAGAGAAUGGUGCAGGUGAAAAACCCCUUUGCCUUGGAGAUAGUGAGUGGAGCCUCGUCUGUUACAGGAGGGGUCCGACUGAGACCACGCUGUCUGGAGAGCUGUGUCCUCACUUGCUACUGGGGCUGUGCCAUCCAGGGCCUGCAGGAGGCACUGCAGAGUCACCAGCAUGGUGUACGCAUCAGCACGCCCCAGAAGUUCGAGGAGGCCCUGCACUCAGACUAUCGGCACCACCAGACAUUCCUCGUUGAACAGGGGGACCCCUCAGAGAGACUGAGCCACCUACCUGCGGAUUCUGGGAUCAGAGAUUUUGGGUUUCUGCCCAGGGCACGCUACCCCCUGGUGGCGCUGUUGACCUUAGCGGAGCCAGACGUGCGAGAGCUGUAUGAAAUAGUUGCCAACGUGACUGUGAUCCACGUUACUGAUGAUAAAUACAGGCUGACAUCUAGGAUAUUAUACCAGUACCUGUUGACGGCACAAGGGCAUGUGUUAGACCUUAAGCAACUCUUCAUGUCUGCAGAUGACCAGAGCUGGAGGGGGGUUUCUGAGCCCCCAGAGGAAGAGCAGCAGCAGCGAAAGGAGGAGGAGGAGAGGGAGGAGGAGCCCGACUUGCAGGAGUCAGGCAGUGGGGAGUCUGGCUGGGACUGUGUGGUGUGUCAGAACGCUCCGGUGAACCGUGUGCUGCUGCCCUGUCGACACACCUGCUUGUGUGACGGCUGUGUGGAAAGGUUCCGACAGUGCCCCAUGUGCCGUGCCUUUGUCUUAGAGUCCUUCGCCCUCUCUCACCACUUCACAACUGACAAGCAAGAGCUGGGGGGCCUGGCAGGAGAAUGAAGACAACCCCCGACUCCUCCAACUCCAGGAAUUAAGAAUGGAACAUGGGUGGCCCAGCUCUCUUCUUCAAUGAAUUAGAGUUCAAUGUAUAUGUGCUGCCAAGCCCCUGACGUAAUGCUCCGUGUUAAUUAUUAGCAUGUGGGAAGCAAUGCUGAAGCUCUCUCUUCUGGUAAAACAAGAGUACUGAGGGGAGGAAAGUUAGUUAGUCAAGAUGGCAUGUCGCACAGACCCGGAGUGAAGGAGCACCGCUCCCCGAAUCUGUGCUCCCUGAAUGCUGAUCAGCGCCGGCCACGAUGAAGCUUUGCCGCCAGAAAUAAGCUGUGCCCUGGGAACGUGGGGGAAAGAACGCAGGUCCGACACCUCCUGAAAAUGGAACUGUAAGAAAAAAACUUCAAGCUGAGCUUCUGAACUGCCAAACAAAGGUGGAGAAAAGAAAGAAAAGCAAAACAAACGCCACCCUCCCUCUUAAAACUUCUAAUGAAGA